GAUAUUUUAUGAGGAAUAUCGCACCGCUGUUAAUUUUAAAAGAACAAUUAGACUGUGUGGAGAGAGGCUUAAUAUUUUUAAGAAAGUUUCGUACCCUGUAGUUAAAAAUUAUCUCUGCACGUGUCCGCCAAAUUCCAUUAUCAACAUGCGGCUUGACUAGUCAUCGGAUAUCGGGAUUAUGUUGCAGGUGGAAUAUUAUGCAAGAUUUUGAAUGUUUUGCAUGCGUCAUAUAUGCACAUUUUGUGGGUUUUUUUAGGUAGUAGAGUUUAAUACAGGAGUGAUUGUAGUAUAUAUUGCUAGUAGUUUUGAAUUUCAGUAGAAGUUCUCACACUGCAACCUGAGCUGUGUUAGCGUUAGUAACACAGAACGUUUCUAGCUGCAGAACUUAUUCCUAGGCAUUACGUCAUGAAGCUGUACGUGGGGUCUGCAGGUAAGGCUCUGCUCGUUCAUAACUUUGGUUACUGAUUAGUGGUGAGUGGUGAAAUCACGCUUCUGACAUUUUACAUUUGGGUAAAGAUCUCCCGAAGAAUACGAGAGCAUCAAAGCUGUUUUGAAAGCAGUGGUGAGCUGGAACAUCCCAGAGUUUCUACCGGGAAAUGAACACUGAUUGUGUACAUCGCAACCCCGUACUUUGCUUAAGUGCGCAACAGAUGAUUCAACAAAACACUGUCUCAUUCGCGUGAAGGUUCAGAUCCUGACUGAUGUUUGCACAUGUCUGGGCCUGAGAGCACACAAUGUUCGGGUUUCAGUCUGGUUCAGAUGAUAACAAUCAGACGUAGAAUAGAAUAUUUCGGGCUUUCUCUGGCCAUUGCUUUUUUGCAUGGAAAAUGUUAUUCGCUGUUGCGCUCAUCUUAAGCCUUGUAUCGACUGCGCGCGGCUGCCUCGCGCACCUGUUCGUGCGCGGCAAACUCGUUCGUUCGCUCAUUGUGCUCGUGGUUACCAGCAUCGAGCGCGGCAGCCGUGUUCGGCUGUGAUCGACGCUGUUCGUCAGUUCUCGCAAUAUCACCAUGAAUACAGCACGUGCAGCGGCUGCCUUUAUGUUGAUGUUCAACAUUAUGGAAAAAAAUAAGAAACCAAAACGAAAAGUGCGUUGGUGGAUUAAGGAAUUGUAUCGUCAGCGAAUGCAAUAUGGAAAGAGACUUAUGCGAGAUAUGACAUUUGAAUUAGUGGAGGAUACAAUUAAAAAUUUCACUCGAAUGUCAUCUUCUUUUUUAAAUCCUGAAUUGGAAUUUUCAUUUGGUCACCUAUGUCCUUCCAGGCGUCCUCGCGUUUACUUUUGUUAUGGUAAUUCACAAUUUUGGAAUUCCACAACACCUCUUUAGAUUUAUAAAUCUGUAUGAGAGCUACACACUUUUCAUUCUCCAUGUUGCUGCAACGGAACGCCACAAGACAGUCUCAACUGAAAGGGCACAGCACAGUGAAAUCCCUUUGCCGCGGGACAAAGAACCGCUCAGAUUUGGCUCGACGCGCGCCAAGUUCGAGCGCGGCAGUGUUCGUUCUGCCACGCGUGGCAACAUGGUAUCGACUUUGCGAGGCAAAGCAACGGACAUUGCCUCGCGAGGCAGCCGCGCGUAGUCGAUACAAGGCUUUAUGUUCGUGAUACAACAUUAACAAUUAGCAGAGACAAGUGACGCUCCUUGCGCGUGACUGGGCGUGCAGGUUUUUUGGGGAUCCCAGGUCGGUGCUUCAAACGUCAAAAUAACCCCAAAUGUUCUUGUAGCGUCGUUAAUGCUGCCAAGGGAAUUUAUCUUGCUGCAGUGUUGCCAGUUGAUAGAAAUGUGUUGCAAGAUCAAGAUUUUUCUGGAAGCACUGCAUUCCAGGAUGCCUUUGUAACAACCUUUUCUUGUCCUUGGAAUUCAAGUGCACGUGUAGGCUGCAGUUCUCAUAUCUCUGUGGACAGUGUCUCCCGUUUACCGAAGACUGUUUCAAAGGUGGAGUGAUGCUUGAACAGGAGACUGCACCACCUCUCCAGUGUCGGGAAUAUCGACGGCGAUGGGUCAUGCUGGCGAUAUUUGUACUGUGCUCCAUGGCAAACUCCAUGCACUGGCUCCAGUAUUCCAUUAUUGCCAACAUCAUGAUGCGGUAUUACAAUGUCAGCAGCCUUGCCAUCAACUGGACAUCCAUGAUCUACAUGGCUUGCUACAUUCCAUUUGUGUUUCCUGCUUCCUGGGUUCUGGAUCGCAAGGGUCUUCGUGUGACACUGCUGUCUGGUGCGGGCAUUAUGACGACAGGAGCGUGGCUCAAAGUUUUGUCUGCAUCCCCUGAAUAUUUUUACCUGGCAUUCCUUGGUCAGGCACUGGUAGGAAUGGCACAGAUAUUCAUACUAGGGGUGCCAGCCCGCCUAGCUGCUGUCUGGUUUGGACCUAGACAGGUGUCCACGGCUUGUGCUCUUGGAGUUUUUGGUAACCAGGUUGGGGUGGCACUUGGCUUUCUGAUCCCACCUGCAGUAGUUGGUAACCAUGAGGAUGUCAAAGACAUUGGACAUGACCUCAAGAUUCUCUACUAUGGCAUGGCAGUUGCUCCCUCCAUCAUGCUUUGCCUCGUGCUCUUUUUUUUCCAGAAGGAGCCGCCACUGCCCCCAAGCCCUGCCCAAGCAUCUCUGCGACAGCAGCUCCCUAUAACAGACAAGAGCACAGACAGACAGACAUAUCUGCAGACACUCAAGUCACUACUUACCAACAGGAACUUUGUGCUUCUCCUGUUUAGUUACGGUAUCAACGUGGGCGUGUUCUAUGUUGUGUCAACACUCCUCAACCAGACAGUGCUGCUAUAUUUUGCUAAUGCAGAGGAAGAUGCUGGCAGAAUUGGUCUCACCAUUGUAUUGGCAGGAAUGGUGGGGUCUGUCACUGGGGGCAUUAUCCUUGAUAAGACACAUAGGUUCAAGGAAUGCACAUUGGUGGUGUACUUCAUGGCACUGGCAGGCAUGCUUGCCUUUACAUUCACACUUACACUUGGACAUAUCUGGGUGAUCUACAUCACUGCUGGAUUUCUUGGGUUUUUUAUGACAGGCUACCUGGGUAUCGGAUAUGAGUUUGCAGCAGAACUCACCUAUCCAAUACCUGAAGGAACAUCUUCUGGGCUGCUGAAUGCAUCCAGUGAGGUGUUUGGUGUCAUAUUCACUCUAGCUGGUGGAGAAAUAUUGGGUGCCCAUGGAGACAUCGCUACCAACGGCACCUUGACCGCUCUGCUGUUGGCAGGCCUUGCCAUGACAUUGCUGAUAGAAGGAAAAGCCCUGAAACGACAGGCUGCUAUCACAUUGAGGCAUUCACACACACAUUUGGAACAAGAAGAGAUGCUUACGACCCAGACAUGAGGCUGUUAGUCAUCUGUACAUCAUCUCAAAAAACACUUCCCAGACUAGUAUCAUGUGGCAGCAGAGUUUUGUACUAAUAAUAGAAUGUAUUUCACAUGAUAAAUGAACAUAAACAACUGAUAUUCUGUUGUGUAUUAUGCUCAUUCAAGUGGAAAAAUAGACUUUUGGAGAUGUAUUUCUUAGAUUGACUGUAUUGAGGAAGAAAGUAAUUCAAAAUGGACAAAUAUUUAUAAUUUAUUAAUGGUUACUACAAUUUUGUGUGAUGAAUUAAUUAAUGGGCAUAUUUAAAUGUCCACAAUACUUUCACCUAAGUUGGACUACAGAAUAAUUGUCAUGAAAAGUCUUGGGUCUGUUUAAUUACUUUUCACUAAAUUUCUCUGACCUGUUAAAUGCAAUGUUAAAAAAAAUUAUAUAGUAACUUUUUUAUUUCUGUGCAGUUCUUAUGUUCUGGAAGAACAAAAAAUUUAAGUUUCAUGGACUAUUGCGUAUGGACAAUAAGGACUGAUGGGAGAUGUUAAAUAUAAAUGUGGUUGUGACUGACAGCAGGUUACUGCAUUUCAGGCUGCAGGGAAGAAAAAAUAAAUAAACAAAUAAAAAUUAAAAACAUAACAGAUUUCAUACAAUGCUUCCAAAGAAAAUGGUAAGAAUGUGUCCAAAAAUAAAUUUCAAUAAGAUCUCUAUUCUUCUGUCCCGAAAUUACAGCAUAUUAACGGAGAGGAAGAAGAAGUUUGGGAGAUCGCAAGGUCUGUUCUGUAAUGAUUAUAACAGAACAAUUGCAACUACUAGGGGUCUACUAAAUAUGACAGUAAUGAUGAUUAUGAUGUCAGAAGUUACAAGGAACACACUGUAGCUUCUAUGAACUGCCUAGUCUUCCUUCUUGUUAUAUUUAAAAUUUAAGUUAAAAUAAGUGAAAAUGUUUGUACAAAUCUGCCAAUAUGCUGUGAUAUAAUUAUAGUGUGCUAUAAAAUAAAGAUGUGUUUUGGUUUAGUACUGUUA